AUGGCUGAACGCGCGACUGAGGGCAAGUCGCUGCCAUGCCAAUUCUGUGACAAGAGUUUCGGCCGCUCUGAGCAUCUGAAGCGUCACAUCUUAACACACACCAAAUCGCGGGAGCACAAAUGUCGGUUUUGCGACAAGGCAUUCUUUCGCAAAGACGCCCGCUCGCGGCAUGAGCACACUCACCAGUCCCCUGGUCCAAGUCUUCUCCAACAGGGAGGCAGAGCAUGUAUAGCAUGCGCAUCAUCCAAAACCCGAUGUUCGGGACAAAAGCCAUGUGCAAGAUGCCAACAAAGAUUGCUGCAAUGCACUUAUCCUGGCGAAAUAUCGAACGAGGACAUUCCAACAGAAGCUUGUAAUACAGAAGUCGACCUCGAAAGCAGGGCAGAGAUCAUUUUCGGUAGCGCUCCUGAAAACACCUCGUAUGCUACGUACCAUGUGGAUCAAGAACUCCCAUCAUAUGGCAUGGUUCCACCGUUGCAUGCUAUCUCUUCGUUGUCGCACAUGAGGCUAUCCGCGAGUCCACCCGUGGCCAUGAUGGAUGGCGCACAUCGACAUCAAGAUGCACUUAGCGCGACUGGUCUAUUCGCGUCACUACCCAUUAACCAAUCCACGAUAAACUGGCUUGGAUUCGAGGACGGAAGUGGGUUAAAUGGUUCGCUGGAUCAUGAGUGGCAAUAUCCUGAUCACUUGUUCGACUUCUACGUGCCUGCCAGUGAGACACAGAGUAUAUCGGAAGUCUCGCCCGCUGCUUCGAGAGAUAUCGAACACAUGGCCGGCGGCUCUACGAUUCGUUCAAGUAAUUGUGGAAUGACCCCCCAGGACGACAACACGACAAAUACAAUGGGCACAGAGCCAAGGCCUGAGCCGCCUGGAAAGUUCUAUGCAGAUGGAGGAACAGCCCGACUACCACGAAUGCGCAAGCGAAGGGCAAUCAUGAGUCAUGCAGCUUAUGAGCGUCCAAAACAGACGUUCUCACUCUUGCUACCGUCGAAUCUUGUGAUCCAACCUUCCGCAAACGAGUGGCUAGACAGCCAAGGUUAUGCCGAACUACAGUCACAUUACUCAGCUCAGUGUACAACGACCUCAGGUCUUUUUGUACCAUUCGAGGCUAUCGAGCUUCCACCCAAAGCUCUAUUCGAUCAUCUGUCUGAUCUCUAUGCUGACAACUGUAGCUCGAUUCUCCCAUUCAUCCAUCUGCCCUCAUUGAGAAUACAAAUCCAACACCCUCUUCUCAUCCUUAGUAUAGCGGCAGUUGGCAGUCAUUAUCUCAAGAACCCUGAUCUGGAUCAAUUCGUGCUUUCGCUGCACGAGUUCGUCCGGCGAGUUAUAAUCUCCGCUGCCGAAUCCUUAGGAGGAAAUGAGAUUGGGUCAGCAACCGAACACAGUAUCACCCUACUACAUGCCGUCGGUGCCGCAUACUGUGGUGAGAAGACUUCAAGAGAUGGAGCCUUCGCACUUAGGCUAAAGCUAGCGACUUUCUUCUUGGAUGAGCACGGUCCGAACACGACGCCACUCGCAACAGAAGACAACUGGAAGCAAUGGGUCGAGAGGGAGUCACGUCUCCGACUGCGGCACUGUAUCUGGAUGAUGGACUGUAUAUGGUCUUUCCAGUUCCAGACGAGGACAUUACUAUCGUUGAGCGACGCGAGACUCGAUCUGCCGUCUACAGAGAGGUUAUGGAAUGCUAAUACGGCAUCUCAUUGGGUGCAACUCAUGCAUGAACAGCAGCCAUUACCAGAUUUGGCUACAGCUGUCAACGACCUGUACAUGCACAAGAAACUCGCGGCAGGUGUUGGCGAGUUUGCUCGUAUACUUCUGAUCUACGGGCUUCACCGACGUCUCGCUGAUGUUGCAGCCUUUUACGGUCAGAGAUUAUCGAGUUGGAUUCCCAAGGACCAGCACUCGGUAGGGACAACACUCCCACCCAGCAGCUCUGUUUGGCUGCCAUCGCUUCCGAUCUUCAAACAGUGGCAGAAUCAUACGUGCGAUAGCUUGGAUGUUUUACACUGGGCAGCAAAUGCUACCAUUGGAGAGGCAAGCGGAUUUGAGCAUACAACUGUCUUGCAUCUUCAUCUUGCUCGCGUCGUUUUACUGACGCCCAUCCAAGAGAUUGUUAGUCUUGCGCGAUAUCUUGCGGGCGAGAAGGGCCUCAGAUCCGAAGCAAUGAUAUUGGGAGACCGACACGCCGUCCAUAGGUGGGCUAAUCAACAUCAGUACAAGGCCCGACUGGCAGCUAUUCAUGCGGGUGUGGUCUUCUGGCAUAUUCGGAGGUUCUCGACAAAUGCAUUCUAUGAGCCCACCGCUGUCGCUCAUGCAGCCCUUGUUCUUUGGGCUUUCAGUGCGUUCUCCUCGAAGACGGCAACACCACCUAGUCUACCACCAGAUGAGAAGCAACCUGCGUUGGAAGACAACGAUGGCCAUAGCUCGGACAGCGAGAGCUCAUCAGACACUAUCAUUCUUCUGGAUCGUCCAGCCGACGAUGAGAUCGUGCAGGAAUUCGUCUUGAACGGUCCCCGUAUGCGGGCUAACAUGACCGGAGUUGGUGACUUGUACGGAGAGAAGGGACCAGAGCGUGUCGUGAGGGAAGGUGCAAGAAUUCUUCGGACCCUGGGUUGUUGGCGGGAAUGGGAAUUCUGGGCGAACGUACUCGACAAACUGGUUAUUGUUUGUAAACGUGAGAGGAGAAAGACGAAGGAGGCCGCUUCGUCGGAUGGCCACGCAAUAUCGGUCCCAAGCACAAGGGGAUCGGGUGAUGGAUGA